ACCAGCAAUCAUGGGCUCGAAGAAGCAUCGCAGGAGUAGAUCGCGCUCUGGAUCUAGAGACAGAGACCGCAGCAGAGGCAGAAAUGCCCGGUCGAGGUCUCCCGAAGAUAGCCACGGUCGGAACCGCAGACGAGACCGGUCAGACAGCAGCGGAGAUUCCGCAAGGCCGUCCCGACACCGAGGCAGAGAGUCCGGCCACUCCAGCGAUUCUGACCGCGAACAGAGAGGCAGAGGAGCGCGUUCACGCGGAAGAUCUAAAGAAAGAGAUUGCUCUCCAAGUGACAGUCGUAGUGACCACAAGAAACACAAGAAAAAGACAAAGCACAAGGAUGAGAAGAACAGCAGAAGAAAGAGCAGAUCCUCCUCCCGGUCCAGCACAGAGUCCGGGCAAAGCAAAGCGAGAGAUGGCAGGAGCAGCAGCGAAAGAGAAAACAGGAGACGGCCCAGCAGAAGUCCCACCAGAGAGAGACGAAGGAGCAGAGAGAGAAGAGACCACGACAGGCGAGGGAAACGCUCAGAUUCUGCCGCCUCAAGUUCCUCCAGCUCCUCGGCCGACUCUGAUAGAGAAAGAAAGAAUGCACAGGGCACCGCCUCGGGCAAAGAGGAUAAGAAGAAACAGAAGGACAUGAUGAAAGCACUGGAGACUCCAGAGGAAAAGAGAACCAGACGUUUGGCUAAGAAAGAGGCUAAAGAGAGGAAGAAGAGGGAGAAGAUGGGCUGGAGUGAGGAGUACAUGGGCUACACCAACGCAGACAAUCCGUUUGGAGAUAACAACCUGCUCGGCACCUUUAAGUGGCAAAAGGCUCUAGUGAAAAAGGGCAUUGGCCAUUUGUCAGAGAAAGAACUGAAGGAGAGGAAUAAACUCAUCCAGGAGGAAAACCGAAGAGAACUGCAAAAGGUGAAGCAGCUGCGUCUGGAGAGAGAGCGUGAGAAAUCCAUGCGUGAGCUGGAGCUGGAGAUGUUGCAGAGAGAGAAAGAGGCGGAGCAUUUUAAAACAUGGGCAGAGCAAGAAGACAACUUUCACCUGCACCAGGCCAAACUGAGGUCUAAGAUCCGUAUCCGUGAUGGUCGAGCAAAGCCCAUCGACCUGCUGGCUAAAUACAUCAGUGCAGAAGAUGAUGAUCUGUCAGUGGAGAUGCACGAGCCGUACACCUUUCUCAACGGCCUCACCGCAACAGACAUGGAAGACCUGCUGGAGGACAUCAAGGUUUACAUGGAGCUGGAACAGGGCAAGAAUGUGGAUUUCUGGAGGGAUAUGACCACCAUUACCGAAGAUGAAAUCGGCAAACUACGGAAGCUGGAGACGUCAGGGAAAGGACCAGGUGAUCGUCGUGAGGGGAUAAACACUUCUGUCAGUACGGAUGUGCAAAGCGUGUUUAAGGGCAAGACGUACAGCCAGCUUCAAGCUCUGUAUAUGAACAUCGAGAAUAAGAUCCAGGCAGGAGGUACCAACCUGGACAUCGGCUACUGGGAGAGUCUUCUGCAGCAGGUCCGUGUCUACAUGGCAAGAGCCAGGUUGAGAGAGCGACAUCAGGACGUGUUGAGACAGAAGCUGUUUAAACUGAAGCAGGAACAGGGUGUGGAGAGCGAACCGCUCUUCCCCAUCAUCAAAGAAGAGCCGGGGAAUGAGCGACAAGUUGCUGGAGGGACAGAGUCUUCACACAAGGAGACGGGCAGCCCGCAGCAAGGAACCAGUCGGAUGACAGAAGACAGAGAAAAGGUGGAGAAAAGGCUGAAGGGAGGAGAGAGUGAGCGGUCUGGAAGGAGCUCUCCUCAGGAGAAGAGAGAAGGUGAAGGAGGAGAAGAUGGAGGGGAGGGGGGAGAGAAAGGUGAAGCCCCGGAGGCCGUGUUAACAGAAGAAGAUCUGAUCCAGCAGAGUCAGGCGGAGUAUGACUCUGGACGGUACAGUCCCACCCUCCUGCAGAACUCGGAGUUACCGCUGGACACUCACGUCACCGAUGUGGAUGAAGACAUGCAGAGACUCCAUCUGGCCCGGAGACAGAUGCAGGUCACAGGCGACGCGAAUGAAAGCGCAGAGGACGCAUUCGUGCGGCUUGCCAAAGAAGGCAUGGGUGGCGACGAGGCCCAGUUCAGCGUUGAAAUGCCCCUGACUGGAAAAAUGUACCUGUGGGCCGACAAAUAUCGUCCUCGCAAACCUCGUUUCUUCAACCGCGUCCACACCGGCUUUGAGUGGAACAAAUACAACCAGACGCAUUACGACUUCGACAACCCGCCUCCCAAAAUCGUCCAGGGCUACAAGUUCAACAUCUUCUACCCAGAUCUCAUUGACAAACGCUCAACACCGCAGUAUUUCUUGGAGCCCUCCCUCGACAACAAAGACUUCGGGAUUCUGCGUUUUCAUGCCGGGCCGCCGUACGAGGACAUCGCGUUUAAGAUUGUGAAUCGCGAAUGGGAGUAUUCUCAUCGCCAUGGUUUCCGAUGCCAGUUCUCCAAUGGCAUCUUUCAGCUGUGGUUCCACUUUAAGAGAUAUCGGUAUAGAAGAUAAUAAAUACGCACUCUGUGUACAUUAUUGGCUCAGUUUUACAAAAACAUAAAUUUAAUAGCCUGUGUUUUGUAUCGGUGUUUAAUGUACCACCAUUUUACGUAAUUCUAAACAGAAUAGUAUGUCAGGGUGUUUGUUUAUUGAUGCCACAUGUAUCCCUGUUGGUGAAAGAACAAGGUUUUAUUCAAAUAAACUUGUAAAUUUCAAAUAUCAGCAUAGAAAAUAAUGUUUUGUACAUUUCUCAUAUAGCAGGCUAAAAACUUGUUUUUCAUUCAUUUGAAACCUUUUUUUGCAUAUCGAAUGCCUGGAUUUGUCUACAAAAACUGUUCUUACAAUAAAAAUCUAAAAGUAAA